AUGAACCACGGCUACCCGCCCCGCGUCAUGGGCGGCCCUCCUCAGCCUGGCCCCAGCCAGCGCCUCAAUGAGCUCCUCGAUAACAUCAGGACCGAGUUUGAGUCAGAGUCCCAGCGCAACGUCGACUACGAAGGCCAAAUCGCCCGCCAUAUCCAAGAGAUCGAGCUGAUCCGCAGCAAGGUCUAUUCGCUAGAGCAGCAGCAUACCCAGAUGAAACUCAAAUAUGAAGACCGAAUCGCCCAGCUAGAGCGCGAGGUGGAAGCCCGCGGCGGACCCAGCCAGAACUCGCAGCACCACGGAGGCCCCUCGCAGCCUCAGCCACCCACCAUCGGCCAUGGACCUAGUAACCUAUUCGGCGGAAUCAUGGCAGGCAGCGCUGCGCAAGGUGGUCCAGGACUAGCACCUCCUCCACAAGAGCCACAGCAGCCCCAGGGCAUGCCACCACAUCUGGGUCCUCAGGGCCCACCAGGUCUGAAUCCGGCGCCUGGCCCCCCACAACAUUUUGGUGGCUAUCAGCCGGGCCCUUCGGUCAAUGGUUAUGGUCAGCCUCCGCAACCCACCGCCUCGCCUGGUGGUAAGCGCCCAGGCCCAGGUCCUGGCCCUGGCCGUGGUCCCCCGGGACCUGCAACCCCUCAGCAGAACAAUCCUGCCCCGUACCCUGGAUCGCCUCAAGUGCCGCGCCCAACACCUCCUCCGCAUCAUCAGCAGCAACAGAAUGCCUUGAUGGCCCAGAACCGCAUACCGCUCAGCCAGAGCAACGUACUGGCUGAUCUGGACAUUGAGCAGCUGCCAGAGAACCUGAAGAAGGAAGGCAGUGACUGGUUUGCCGUCUUCAAUCCUCAUUCUCGCCGCGUCCUGGAUGUCGACCUGAUCCACAAUCUGCCCCAUCAGAGUGUAGUGUGCUGUGUGCGCUUCAGUCUAGACGGGAGGUACGUUGCGACAGGUUGCAAUCGUUCGGCACAGAUUUUUGACGUCGAGACCGGAAAUCCUGUUGCCCAUCUUCAAGAUGGCAGUCUGCCCGAGGAUGGCGACUUGUAUAUUAGGAGCGUUUGUUUCAGCCCCAACGGUGCAUACCUCGCAACUGGCGCUGAGGACAAGGUCAUCAGGGUGUGGGACAUUGCAUCCCGCUCUAUCAAGCAUCAGUUCACCGGCCACGAGCAAGAUAUUUACUCGCUAGACUUUGCCAGGAAUGGCAAGAUCAUUGCAUCCGGAAGCGGUGACCGUAGUGUCCGUCUCUGGGAUCUCGAGAGCAAUUCGCAAGUGGCCAACUUCUCCAUCGAGGACGGUGUCACUACCGUGGCCAUCUCUCCAGACAACCUGUUUGUUGCGGCUGGAUCUCUCGACAAGAGUGUCCGUGUCUGGGACAUUCAAUCCGGCCAGCUUGUCGUUCGUCUUGAAGGCGAGCAAGGCCACAAGGAUAGUGUCUAUUCUGUUGCCUUUGCUCCUUCUGGGAACCGACUCGUCAGCGGCAGUCUUGACAAGACUAUCAAGAUGUGGGAGUUGUCUACAGCGAACCGCUUCAUUCCCGGACACCCUCCUAGUGGGAAGUGUAUCCGCACUUUCGAAGGCCAUAAGGACUUUGUGCUCAGUGUUGCGCUUACUCCCCAUGGCGAUUGGGUCCUGAGCGGUUCCAAGGACCGUGGUGUUCAGUUCUGGGAUCCUCAUACUGGUGUUGCGCAACUCAUGUUGCAAGGGCACAAGAAUUCUGUCAUCUCUGUUGCCCCGAGUCCCACGGGAGGCGUCUUCGCCACCGGUAGCGGCGACAUGCGCGCGCGAAUUUGGAGGUGA